AGUGUAAACAUCACUGGGCCCCAGAGCGUGAACAAUGACGAGAUUAAAAACUGUAUCCAAGGCUGUAUCUUUGCACUGGACGAGUACGCGGACAACGUGAAAGAGGUGCUCGGCGUUCUACAUAGACCCACACUGGUCAUCUCAUCACUGGGUCACUCGUCCUUGACCCUGGAAUGGGGCACGCGGGUCAUGGAAAAUGUCACCUACAAGGUCCACAAGCGGCUAGUAGACAUGGACAGCGGCUGGCAUCUUCACGCCAACACCCACUUCUGGGUGGACGGCAGGAUAGACUUGGCUGACCUCCACCCGUAUGUCACAUACAAGUUUAAAGUCUUGGCUCUGCUAUCAUCCUUGCCCGAACACAUCCUUGAAUCUCCAGAAACAGUUCAUAUAACUACAUUACCGUUUGGAGCGCCCUCCACAGCGCCCCAGAUAACAUCUCUGACCACACCGUCGCCAAGAGUGAUCUCUCUCACCUGGACCCCGCCACCUUUUACCAAUGGCAAGGUUCUCAGUUACCGCAUCUACGUGCAAGCUGUCAAUCAUCCACAACUCAACUUGACUACAAUAGAAGUACCAUGCAACGCCACCUCAUGGCUGUUGGAUCAACUGCAGUCUUCACAGAAAUACGUCAUCUCACUCUCAGCCUGGAACGCCCAAGGGGAAGGACCAAAAAGCAGCAGGGUUACCACCACCCCAAACAUCGGUAACUUGUCAGCAAACGAAACGCCCUAUCUCAUCUUGGCAACAGCAAAUCGGAUAGUCAGGAGAACCAUACUGGACGUUGUGCAGUACGGGCCACAGUUCUCCAAAACCCUGCAUGAAACUGCCGACGAGAGCAUCGUUAUCAGAGGUAUCAGCUUACACGUCAGAAGACAACUGAUUCUAGCCACAGAUUCAUCUGGAAGCGUAUCUCUCAUCUCCCUGAAAGACAACAGCAGCAACACCAACCUCUACCCCAGCAUCUUCGACCCUGGCGCUGUAUCAGUGGACUGGCUGGCAGACCGGGCCUAUGUUGCCAGCAAGGACAGGAUUUACAGCUGCCCACUAGACAAAGAUCUGUGUGUUGUGGUUGUUCGCGGACUAUCAAAACCAGCCAGUGUUGUCAAAGUGGACCCCAUUAAUGGGUAUUUAUAUUACAUCAUAAAUGGCUUGGGGAAAGGACUGUACAGAAUUGCAUUAGGUGCUAUCUCUCAUCUCUGGACCAACCCGUAUUCAUUCCCUGCUGUGCCAGCUACCUCCCCGCGACUCAUUGUUCCCAUGAGUGAUCUACAAACACAUGUGAUUGAUUUCUACAAUGUCCGACUCUAUGUCAUCAACAAUACAGCCAAAGUUAUGAUGGCUGCGUUUUUGGAUGGGUCCAACAUGCGACCUUUUCAUGAGAAGAUUGUCAGUUCUGCUUUUAGUCAAGUUUCGAGUAUGGUCUUUUAUAACCAGACCUUCAUUUGGACUGACAGUAAGAAAAUGUAUGUGGAAGAAUACGAGUCUCGAUUUCAGAAUUAUCGACACAAUGAACUGCUUUUCUUCACACCUCCGUACACAGGCAUGGAUGUAUUCCACCCUAGUGCACAACCAAUGCCAGUGCCGUCCAGUGCUCCAGACAGUGUUGAUGCUUUCUUUACCCGAGACAGAGUUGUGAUCCGAUGGUUGCCUCCACCAUUGCUGCAGUAUCAAGGACAUGGAGCUUUUAUGAACUGGACUUAUGAACUCCAAUUCAGCAGAUCAAAUGAGAAUGGAGACAUUGUUAGUGCCCCCAAAGAAUACAACAUCUCAACCUUAAACCUAACUGUUUCCAACCUAAGCCCAGAUACAAUGUAUGCAAUCAAAAUAAGAGCAAGAUCAGACGCAGGGAAUGGCCCUUGGUCAAGAAACUUUAUUGGCAGGACACUGAAGCAAGAUGGCCUCAGUGUCUUGAUGGGUCUCGCUGGUGGGCAAAUUGUUCAAAAGGACCUCACUGACGGAACUGAGAAAAAUGUGGUCAAUUUCUUCUCUGAUGCCACAGACAUCGACUGGCACGGUGAUAUCAUAAUCUGGGUGACAACCUCUGGUUCCCUGUCUGUGUUCAAUCGAACAAGCCAACAGAAGCGACAUCUGGUGUCAGCAUACAAGGCUUACUGCGCAGCUUACGAUUGGCUGGGGCACAAAGUUUACUGGUCUGAACCUGGCCAGGGAAUGAUUCGGCGUUCAGAUAUAAAUGGUAUAACAAAUGAGUACAUUAGACAGACAUCAGCCAGGGAUCUAGCAGUUGAUGCUGUCAAUGGAAGAUUGUACUGGGCAACUCAACAUUCCAUCGAAACAUGCCGACUUAAUGGAGAUGAACAUCAGGACAUUUUUAACCUGCCCUACUUCAGUGGCCGGCAUGUCAUCAGUCUCACUUUAGACUUUGAUUCAGGGAAAGUUUUGUGGUAUGUCAAGGGUUAUGACUCUCAGGGUGUGUUCAUGGCUGACCUAAUUACUGCAGGAACUCUCGGCCAGCCUUCUGUCUCUUGGGAAAGGGGCGGAGAAUUCAGGAGUAUAUCCAGCUCGUCAGGGUUGAAGUAUUUCUCACAGCGUCUGUUUUGGCUGACAGAGCAGAACUCUCUGGUUGUUGGAGAUUCCCAGUGUAAUUACACAUCAAACAUCAGCUUCCAUUCCAACCUGACUUCUUUCACAGUCAUUCAUCCCUCGAUGCAUUCCUACCCAGCUCAUAUACCUGCAGACAAAGUCAAAGUCAUCCCAGAUCCAAUCAAAUCCGAGGACAUAACCACUCAGGGUGACUGGUCGAACUUUAACCUCACCUGGCCGAGGUCAACAGAAGUCACACAUGGCGUAGUCUUUUUCAAAGUGUUUGUGGAAGUUGGCAGAGAAAACAAACAUUUCAUCACACCCAAACACUGGAAUGAGAUAUCUGGCUUGUCUCCGUACACACAGCUGGUGGUAUCAAUUCAGCCAUACACCUACUGGGGCUAUGCCGAUCCAACCACGGUUUCUGUCAGGUCUCCCAUGUCAAAACCCACAGCACCACUGUCUCCAGAAGUUUAUGUGAUCCUGCACAAGACAGCAGCUGCUGCUCCGGACCAAUCUUUGGCUGCAGAUUUCCGCUGGAUGGCACCUCAGCUGACCAAUGGAAUCAUCAGCUAUCACUUGGUAACCCACUGGAUCGGGGACCAGCCAGAUGCCAAAGUGACCGUUGUCAAGGUGAAGGGUACUGCCCGUCAUUUCAUACUAGCCCCUCUGGUAAAGGCACAGACCUACAACUUCAAGGUUUCCGCAUGUACAGAGGCAGGCUGUGGUCCUGAUUCUGUCACUAAGACGGCUGUUACUAAUGCUUUAAACCCAAUUCCUAUGCUACUGGUGGCCACCAAGCAAGGCCUGAGCCUCAUGGAGACAGAUAGCGAACACAACUCUACUAUUGUACUAACCAGCACCCCACCAGAGGCGGUCACUUUCCUGUCUCAGGAGGAGCCACGGGUAUUUUGGCUGGACAUACAAAAUAAAGUGUAUGAGAAAUCUGGCAUUUCUUCUGAAGAGGUUGUGAGUCUGGGUGGAACAGGACAGGACAUAACUGUAGACUGGAUUAGCCGAACUGUAUACACUGUGGAAUCAGUCAGCCCAGAGCAGAACAGAGUCAUGCAGUUUAACAUUGACACCACUGACUACAAGCUUCUAUUGAGCAGGCCUACUCGUAUUGGCAGCAUCAUUGCAGAUCCAUAUAACAGUGCAAUCUUAUGGACAGAAAUGACCUCUUCAGGUCAAGGACAGGUGAUGUCUGCUAACAUCACUACAGGAGAGGUGCACAUGGUGCUGCAGGGUGCCAGACGCAGCAACAACAGCAGGAAGGCCUGCUCCUGCCCCCAGAACCUGAACAUUGCCCCAGUCAUUGCUAUGGACUACAAGGGCCAUGAUGGGACCAUAGAAAUCGUCUUCGCUGACAGGACUACAGGCGCCAUCUACUCGUCAGAUAUCACUGGUUGUCACUGCACUAAGAUUAUCCAGCCAACACCUUGGAAGCGACUAGGUCUGCCACCAAGCCUUCUUGCUGUUGACCACCUGAGGGUCAGCUGGUACAACCAGACAGAAGGAAAACUCUAUAGCGUCACCAAGGCCAUGGGUGAUGGCUUGGUCAUACAUGAUGUGGGGGAUCUUCAGGAUAUUGUAGCUUAUGGAUCACAUUUGCAGUUUCUACCAGACUCACGCUGCCUUGAACCUGGUAAAUUUGAGUUUACAUUGGAGCACAUGCAAGUUGAAAGUACUUCAAUCCGCCUGCACCUGCCCACUCCAGUCAGAUCAGUAGAGUGUCAGAGGGUCAGUGCUCCACGAAACAAGUACACCAUCUAUUACAGAAAGGUCAAGGUUCUGAAAACAGGGACUACUUCAGAUGACUGCCAUGCAGAGUUAUCUCUUUGUGAAAAGCAGAAAUCAUACAGCUCAGUUGUGGAACUGAAGGGCUUGGAGCCUUACACUCAGUACCUUAUACAGGUGGCCAUCAGCAACUACUACACAGAGAAUCUCUCUGAACUCAUGAGCAAGCCACUCUUUUUGACCACUAAAUUUGGAGUUCCGUAUGCAGCAAGAAAUGUUGUGGCAUCACCCCUGAACCCAGAAAGUAUUAUUGUCACCUGGCAACCUCCAGUUAAAUACAACGGACCUCCGGAACACGUCAGUUAUAUUGUGCAGUUUUCCACGGUUACAGCUGAAGGGCAUAUUCUCAGAGAGACUGAAAAUAUGAUCAAUGCUGAAAGUUCUGAUGAGUUAAUAGAAACAAUACUCAAAGACCUGGCACCUAAUCAUGUUUACAGUAUCAAGGUGCAGACGUGUACAAACAGGACCAUGUGUAACAGCACAGAUGUGAUUCAAACAAAAACCUUUAUGACCCCUAGUGACAUUACUUUCCUAAACACCACCUCACAUUCCGUUCAGAUCCGCUGGAUGUCACCACCAGACAAUGGAAUUCUCAGUCAUCAGAUUUUCUAUGCUGUGAUAAAAAUAUUGUUUUUAUUUGCAGUCUCUCAUCCAGACCAACCUCUGCCUCCAACUGUCAGUCAUCUCAAGUCAGGGGCUUAUGAAGUCAGAUGGGAGAAACCGGCAGAUAAUGGUGCUCCAGUUACACAUUACAUGCUGGAAUACAGAAAUGUAGAGAGCGGGACCUGGAAGGAAGCCUACAAUGGCUCUAUAGAACGUUGGCUAGUAGAGUCCUCAAAGUUGAAACAAGGAAAGUCUUAUAUCUUCAGAGUUGCUGCUGUCAACUCAGAAGGCAUUGGAUUAUUCAGUGACAACAGUACUGUGUUUUUAGCAGCUCCAUAUGCUGUAGAAAGCAGCGUCAUUGACCACAUCACAAUUGGGGUCAUCGCGGGGAUUGCUGUCCUGCUGUUGAGCCUUAUACUGGCUGUGGUUCUAGUGAUUCGCAAACAGUACAAGAAGAAAAAAAUUCAGCAGUUUAUCAUCAGAGGACCAGACACUGAACUUGCAACCCUGAGAGAACUACCACGUACAGCCUUUCAAACAAGCAACACAUUAUAUGCUAUGAACAUUCAGUGUACAGAUGAAGAGAUUGCCAAACUGCCCCAUUUCAGUCGCAGCCAGCUAGUUCUAACUAUGUUUUUGGGAAGUGGUGCCUUUGGUGAGGUCUUUGAGGGUCUGGCUAAGAAUAUCCUGGGGGACAGCACCGGUGAAACCAAGUGUGCAGUGAAGACCUUGAGAAAAAGUGCUUUGGAACAUGAGAAAGAAGAGUUCCUAAAAGAGGCUUUGCUCAUGAAGAACUUUCGCCAUGAGCAUAUCCUGAGUCUGCUGGGGGUUUGCCUGGACAAUGAUCCUCAGUUCAUCAUCAUGGAACUAAUGGAGGGUGGAGAUUUGCUUUCUUUUCUCAGAAGUUGCAGAGCUACCACGGCACACCCAGCAAGUUUACUUCUGCCAGACCUGGUGAAAAUCUGUGUCCACGUGGCCAGGGGAUGUAAAUAUCUGGAGGACAUGCAUUUUGUUCAUAGAGAUUUGGCGGCAAGAAAUUGUCUUGUAUCAUCAAAAUCUACGGCAAACAUGAUCGUUAAGAUUGGAGACUUUGGUCUUGCACGUGAUAUAUACAAAAAUGAUUACUACCGGAAAGAAGGUGAGGGACUAUUGCCUGUGCGAUGGAUGUCCCCGGAAUCUCUCGUUGAUGGUUUCUUUACAACACAGUCUGAUAUAUGGGCCUUUGGUGUUCUCAUGUGGGAAGUAGUCACUCUGGGCCAGCAGCCCUACCCUGCCAGGACGAACAUCGAAGUGCUGCACUUUGUGAGGGACCGGGGUAAACUGGAGCGCCCAGACAAGUGUGCUGAUGAAAUGUACUCUUUAAUGAAUAAAUGUUGGGACUUUCUUGCUGACCAUCGUCCAAGUUUUGCUGACCUUUUGGCAGAGCUAGAAACUUUCCAAGAAAAAUGCAGCCAUAUGACACUGGCAGAAAUUGCCCAGUUUUCUCCAUCAGUCACAGGUAA